ACGUGAGGGGAACAUCCGGGUCCUGAGCCGGCGGUAGCGUGAGCAGUGGUGACCGUGCGAGGCGAGGAGCGAUGCCGCGGGCCAAAGGCAAGGCAGCGCCGGCGGCGACCGUCGAGGAGUGGGUGGACGGUGAUGAGCCGCCGGCGCCCCCGCCGGAAGUCCUGAAAAAGGGUAAAAAAGACAAGAAAGCCAAGAAAUCGUUCUUUGAAGAGCUGGCGGCAGACGAGAAGUCAGUGAAAGCAGAAGAGCCAGUUGUCAUAGAGCAGCAGCAACAAAAGAAAAAACGUGACAAAAAGAAAGAACGAGGCAAGAAGAAAAAGGAUGACGAUGAUGAUGACAAUGUAGUGAUUGAAAAGUUAAAUAAGCUUUCAGUGCAAGCCAGUGAUGAUGAGGAAGAAGAGGAAGAAGUGAUAAAACCAACGCGAGGCUCCAAAAAGAUGGGUGGCAAUGUCUUCGCAGCACUUUGUCAUGAGCAGAGUGAAGAUGAAGAUGAUGAUGAAGAGGAGAAGCAGCAAACCAAGAAAGAGAAAAAUCUGAAAAAUAAGCCCGUGCCUGAGGAAGAUGACAAAAAGCAAAGUAAGAAAAGCAAGAAGAAUGAACGAGGAAAAGCAAAAGAGCAGAAGGUAACAUCAGAAGAUGAGGACGAGGAUAAAGCAAGCAAAAAGAGCAAAAUAACUGAGAAGUCUAAAGCAAGGCAAAGGGCGCUUUCUGACGAUGAUGAAGAUGAGGAUGAAAAGUGGACGAGAAAGGGAAAACAUGCUAAAACGAAAGGAAAGCAAAAGGGUAACAGUGCCAUUACUGUGAAGCAGACUGAUGGAGAAGGAGGAAUGCAUAAAGAAGAAUCAAAGCCCAGGGGAGGGAAAGGAAAGCCUGCAAAUUCCUUUAGUGCAUUGGAUGUGGAAGAUGAUGAGGAGGAGGAGCUGGAUGAGGAUGAAGAAGAGAAUUCUAAGGGCGAAGGGAAAGUUAAGAAUGAAGAUGAUGAGGAUGAAGUGGAGGAGGAGGGAAAGGAAGAAAACAAAAAGGCAGUAGAUGACAAAUAUGCUAAUUUAAGUAAGAAAGAGAAAAAGAAAAUGAAGAAACAGAUGGAAUUUCAACGGCAAGUGGACAUACUAAAAGCUUCAAAUGAUGCGGAGGGUGACUUCUCUGUGUCACAAGCUGAGCAGUCAUCAAGACAAGCAAUGCUGGAGAAUGCAUCAGAUAUCAAGCUGGAAAGGUUCAGCAUCUCAGCUCAUGGGAAAGAACUGUUCGUCAAUGCCGACUUGUACAUUGUGGCUGGAAGGAGAUAUGGUCUGGUCGGACCUAACGGCAAGGGUAAGACAACACUGCUGAAACACAUCCAGAAUAGAGUACUGAACAUCCCACCCAACAUUGAUGUGCUCCUCUGUGAACAAGAGGUGAAGGCUGAUGACACAGCAGCAGUCGAUGCCGUUCUGAAAGCCGAUACAAAGAGGCUGAAGCUUUUGGAAGAAGAGCGCCAGCUCCAGAGUCUCUUAGAGAAAGGCGAUGACCGCGCUGGUGAAAGACUGCAGAAGGUGUACGAGGAGCUGCGUGCCAUGGGUGCUGCUGCGGCAGAAGCUAAAGCCCGCCGAAUCCUGGCGGGUUUGGGUUUCACUCCCGAGAUGCAGAACCGGCCCACCAAGAAAUUCUCCGGAGGCUGGAGAAUGCGUGUCUCUCUGGCUAGAGCUUUGUUUAUGGAGCCAACGUUACUGAUGCUGGAUGAGCCCACAAACCAUCUGGACCUUAAUGCGGUCAUCUGGCUUAACAACUACCUGCAGACUUGGAAGAAAACGCUGCUCAUUGUGUCCCACGACCAAGGUUUCCUGGAUGAUGUCUGCACAGAUGUCAUUCAUCUAGACAUGCAGAAGCUCUUUUACUACAGAGGAAACUACAAUACUUUUAAGAAGAUGUACCAGCAGAAACAAAAGGAGCAACUGAAACUCUAUGAGAAACAAGAGAAAAGGCUUAAAGAUCUGAAGGCAGGCGGCAAGUCGACCAAGCAGGCAGAAAAACAGACCAGGGAGGCACUAACACGCAAGCAGCAGAAAUGCCGGAAGAAGAACACAGACGAGGAGUCAAAUGAAGCUCCUGAGCUUCUGAAAAGACCCCGGGAGUAUACAGUGAAGUUUACAUUCCCAAAUCCGCCUCCGCUGAGUCCCCCCAUCCUGGGACUUCAUGCUGUAGAUUUUGCCUAUGAAAACCAGAAGCCAAUUUUCAAGAACCUGGACUUUGGUAUUGACAUGGAUUCCAGAAUUUGUAUCGUGGGACCCAACGGAGUCGGGAAGAGUACGCUGCUGCUGCUGCUCAGCGGAAAGCUGACCCCUACCAUGGGUGAACAGAGAAAAAAUCACAGGCUGAAAAUAGGAUUCUUCAACCAACAGUAUGCAGACCAGCUCAACAUGGAGGAGACAGCAACGGAGUAUCUCAUGAGGAAUUUCAACCUACCGUACCAGGACGGGCGGAAAUGUCUCGGACGCUUUGGCCUGGAGAGCCACGCCCACACCAUCCAGAUCAGCAAACUCUCUGGUGGUCAAAAAGCGCGAGUGGUGUUUGCAGAAUUGGCCUGUCGACAGCCUGACGUCCUGAUUCUGGAUGAACCUACAAACAAUCUGGACAUAGAAUCCAUUGAUGCUUUGGCUGAUGCAAUUAAUGCCUACAAAGGAGCCGUCAUAAUUGUGAGCCAUGAUGCCCGGCUGAUCACCGAGACCAGUUGCCAGCUGUGGGUGGUGGAGGAGCAGACCAUCAACCAGAUUGACGGUGACUUUGACGACUACAAGCGUGAGGUGCUGGAAGCGCUGGGAGAGACCAUUAACCGCAAGCACAAGGACUGAGCCUGCGGUGCUGUAUGGAUGGCCAACGCCAUGCAAGUCGACAGUGACAGCAAUGGAAAUGCAGGGACCUCACAUUGCAGUGCAGCGAUUUAACCGUGACAAACUGCAGCCACGUGCUCACAUGCCAAACAAGGGAGAAUUUUAUGAUCUAUAUUUUUUUGGAGUGAUGAGUGCCUCUGGGGGUCAGAGGGGAAAGAUGGCUUGGAAAUGUAAAUUCAAUAGCGCUGGGCAAGAGCAGCUCAGUUAGCAGCCAAACAGAGGAGAGAGGGAUCCAGGACUCUAUAUCUUUUUUUCACAGACACUGAUGUACUUGGUGUGCAUUGUGGGCAGUUUCAGUUGUUUUAGUGUAGAGAUCCGUUUGAGUUUGUUUUCUUUAAAUAAUUAGGCCCCUUGACUGGUGUAUCGUUUUCAGUUCCUGUGUCUUUUUCAGUCCAGCGUGUGGACACCCAGCUUUGCUGGAGAGCUGUCGCUGAUGGUGCAAUUGCAAUGCCAAAUGCCAGACAGAGCCACACUGUCACGGGCUUUUGUGGCAAGUUGCAUCUCCUCGCAGGUUCUGAUUUCACAUGUGCUGAAAGGAUACUGAAAGCUCUGAGGCUGUGGCACCACUUAAGUCUUCUGGAUACCAAACUUUUCCCAAUGUAAUAUUAAGUCAACCAAAAUUGGGAUGAACUCCAGUAGCACUUAGAAUCUGUUACAAUGAAAUUUAGGAAAUCCAGCUGGAGGCUGCUACCUGGUGAAAUUAACCAAAACCAUAAAAGCUUGCGCAGAUUUGGCACACUUGCAAAUUAUCCUUCAGUGGGGUCAAAGGAGGACAGAUUGGUGCUGGUUUGCUCAUGUGAGGAAGUGACACUGGUCAAACUGGCCAGAAAUACUGUACAUGUUAUAGACAAAGUGCCUGCCCUGGGGUUCCUGCUACCAAUGGGAGGAUGAAAUGGGGCAGAGAUGUUCCAGUCUCUGUACUCAGUGCGCUAGAUGUGGAAUGUGACUUGUGGACCCCAGCACAAGGAAGCACAAAAGCUGACGCGAGUUCUCCCUCAUCAGAUCUGCAUUUUGCACAGUGACCUUUUGUUUAUUUUUCCAUGACCAGGAAUGGUUCUGUUUGGCACAGGAUUAGUGUGAAUGCAAAGUGGAAACAAGCAUUCGAUUUAAAUUCUCCUCCCUUGACUGUGUUUUAAUCAGAUGGCAAAUGGAUGCCACAUAAAUAGCAUAAAAAUAAAAAGUACACAAUGAACUCGG